AUGGGCCUCCAGGCCGAGGAGGAGAAGGAUAAGAGAGAUGAGAAGGAGAAGGAAAAGGAGAAGGAAAAGGAGAAGGAAAAGAAGAAGGACAAGAAGAAGGACAAGAAGAAGGACAAGAAGAAGGACAAGAAGGAGUCCAACGAGGAUGAGGACGUCGCCAUGGGCGAGCCUGAGGCCGAGGCCGAAGAGGUCGAGAUCGUGGUGCCCCCCGAGGCACCGGCCGCCAAGCCGUCGCGGGCCCCCGUGCCUGCCAAGGGUGUGCCCUCCGGGGCGAAACUUCGCUCUCGAGGCGAGGAAAAAAAAAGGAGAGAGAGAUUGGGCUGGGUGGCCGUUGUUGUCUUUCUUACAUCUACCACAUCUGCUACAUCUACUACAUCCAUAGUGUAA